AUGGAGAACGUCUCCUCACACCAACACUUCAUCCUAAACGGCUUCAGUGAACUGGGAGCUCUGAGGCCUGUCCUUUUUGUCCCUUUCUUCCUCAUGUUGCUCCUGUCUCUGUUGGCUAACUCCCUGCUGCUGUACGUCAUCGUAUCACAGAGGAGUCUCCACUCACCCAUGUACAUCCUCAUCGCUGGGAUGGCCUGCGUAGAUCUGAGCCUCCCUCUGUUCUUCGCUCCCAACAUGCUACUGAGCUUCCUGUUUGACUGGAGGGGAAUCUCUCUGAUUGGCUGCCUGGCUCAGAUGUAUUUCCUCCACUUUGUGGGAGCCUUUCAGUCCACAUUGUUAGUAUGGAUGGCCCUGGACCGAUACUUCGCCAUCUGCAGCCCGCUCCACUACCAUGAACACAUGGCUUUACCGGGGUUCUUGAAGUUUAUACUCCCUCUGGUGAUCAGAAAUGUCCUCAUGGUCUCUCUUGUAGUCAGUCUGGCUGGACGAUUACCGUUCUGCCACAGAAAAGAGAUCGAUCACUGUUUCUGUGAGCACAUGGCGUUGGUGGAGCUGGCCUGUGGAAGCACUGCAGUCAAUAAUCUGGUGGGCUUGAUCUCUGUGUUCCUGAUCCCUGUGGCUGACUUCAUCAUCAUCACCGCCUCCUACGUGGUCAUCUUCAGCUCCGUGCUCACGUCUGGAAAAUCCAGGGUCAAAGCUCUGCACACCUGCGUCACCCACAUCGUGGUCAUCACUGUGAGCCUGGCCAUCAUACUUGUUGCUUUCCUGUCCUAUCGGAUCAGAAACGGACUUCCUGCAGCAGUCCGUGUUUUCUGCAGCAUCAUGUACCUGUUCUUUCCCAGCUGCUUCAACCCAAUCAUCUACGGCGUCAGGACCUCAGGGAUCAGACAGCACAUCCUGAGGAUGCUGUCAUGGCGUCACCUGGAGCAGACGGGCCCUGAAGAGAAUGUUGACUUUUAA